AUGGAAGAAAAAGCUGGGCCCGCUGCCUCAACCCUGAGCUGGAAUACCUCGCUCUCCCGGACUGCUGUUUCGAGUCUAAGCCGCGCAAUCUUCUCGGCAAAUCAAUCUCAAUCUGCACACGGCCUCGACGAUGUAAUCAGGGCCGCUCGUGUACUGGAUCUUCGGCGGUAUCGCUGUGAGGACUUUUCGCGGGAGGAAAUCCUAGGAGAAGGGGAGACAUACAUGGUCGAAAAAUGCGUUGCCGCCCGCGGUGAGAGUGUUUUCGCCGUCAAACACCUCAAAAUCAGCGACAACAACCUGUUCCACAGGCGACUGAAGUCGGUCAUCUUGGAACUUGAGAUCAUGCGACACCGCCCCUUCAGAGCCCACCCCAACAUCAUGUCCGCGCUUGGAUACGGGUGGAGAGCAAAUGGCAACAUCCUCAUGCCUUACGUUGUCGUGGACUACGCCGAGUUCGGGACUCUGCGAGAUCAUAUCAGAAGGAGCAGACCUCCGCUAUCCGAGAUUGAGAUACUCCUUGGCGAUGUUGCGUUAGGGCUUGCCGCCUUGCACAUAUGCGGUAUUGUCCACGGGGAUGUCAAAUUGGACAAUGUACUGGUCUUCCCGUCCUGGGAUCGUCCUGCCAAAGCGCUGGUGAAGAUCGCCGAUUUCGGCCAUGCGCUUGUCCUGAACGAUGGGCGCAAGGGCGGCGAUCGAGCCUCGUUGAUGUACUCAGGGACACUGAUAUACAACGCCCCUGAAGUAGAAGACCAAAUCAACUAUCCCAUUGACUGGGAAGAUCUCCCAAAGUGUGAUAUUUGGGCAUUUGGGCUUCUCAUCUGGGAGUCGUGCAUAGGAGGCCAGGAGUACUUGAGUUAUCUAAAGGAAAAGAAGCUGACGGAAGACGCCAAAGAAAAUGAAACCGGCUUCGGCUCCGGAGAUUGGCUCCGAAUCGCAAAGCGUUCGGUACCUCAGUCGCAAAAUUUGGGACCGUCCAUGUUCCUUCGGAUUGCUCUGCACAAGACCCUGCAGAAGGAUCCGGCUAUGCGCGUACGCGAUGCUCGAGACCUGCCACUCUCAACGCGGUGGAAUUCGAGUAACGCUGCCGUUCUGAAAGCUCAACUUGCGCUUCACAUCGAGAACCCCAAGCAGACCUACGAGAUGUUCCGUCUAGACAACGACAGAGAUAUUUACUGGGUACAUCAGCAACAGAUCUUCCACGGCCUCGAGCUUUCGUAUCAAAACAAGUCGGCUAAAGAUAGCAGCCAGACCAUUUGGCAGAUGGCGCUUUGCCACCACAUUGGCUUUGGGACGGAACGAAAUUUGCGGAAAGCCUUCAACUUUGCUCGCAUGGCUAAAGAAGGGGGCCAUCCAGUUGCGGAGGUUUUUUCGCAUCUUCUUGCGACGCCUGAAGAGCUCGUCCCGCAUAAUGACCAUAGCCGUUACGUCAGCCAAGUCUUGAGGUUGCUUCAGUCCAAUCCCGAUUCGUUAGCGGGAAUGCCGCCUCUCGUGGAAGCCUUCUACGAAGGAAACGAGUCAGCAGCCCAAAUCCUCUUCAACGAAACAGCUUGUCUAUGUCCAUCAACCAUUGACGGCUAUGGCCCGUUACAUUGGCUCUUCGCUUUUCAAGACCAGAAGGUCCUCGACCGAGUCGUUGAUAUGCUCCGCAAACCAGAAGAUGGCCAUCUGGCGGCGCUGGUGAACUUGCCGUUUUCCGCCGAAAGAGAGGUCCACAGCCAAUGGCCUUUGAAGUUUCUAGGAAGCCCGCUAGCUGUCGCUAUUUCGGUCAACUCUCUCAUGACAGUGAAGGCUCUCCUGAAGCUAGGCGCCGAUCCAUUCUCGCCAGUCUAUGCCGAGGUCCAGUUCCGGCCCAAAGAUCCUCGACGACAGUGGACUGCCUUUCAUAUCGCGGCGAGGUACCACUGCAGCGACAUCCUUCAAUAUCUUAUUGAGAACUCAGCUCCGGGGAGGCAACGGACCCUCUCGCCCCUAGGCUGCGCCUUGAGCUUCUCGACGCCCCUUGAACGCCUCGCCAUGCACGGUUUAGGACACGGAGAACAACUAGAUCGCACAAUUCGGAUUAUCCAGAGCAUCCAAUCGCUCGCGGCUGUGGUUCCCAACGGAAUGACGGCAUUGAUGCAAGCCAUCGACUUCCAAGAUCGCGAUGUCUCAGCCUCGCUCCUUCGCGCCUCCCCCGAGCUUGCGGCAACCCGGUUUCACUCACCCGAGGACGAGCGCAUCUUCAACUUCCCGAUUCACUUUACAGUCCAAAUCGCGUCACGCCACGACGCACCGGAGGCUUUGGAGAUUCCAGAGCUCAUCAACGCGUAUGCUCCACAGCUCAGUGCCUCCGUCCCUACCCCCCGAGACCAUGCCGGGAGGACGCCACUCCACCUCGCCGCGACGGGAGAGUCAGGCCUGGUUGUGGGAUGGAUCCUCGAAAAGAGGCCCGGCCUGCUGCAUGUCGAGGACGACUUGGGCUGCACGCCUUUGCAUUAUUGCACCUCGGCGACCAUCUGCAAGCUCCUCACCCAAAGCAAAGCGGACGUGAACCACACGGACAAGUUCGGAAUGACCGCGCUGCACCGGGCGUGUUUGGGCGGACGAGCAGAGGUGGUCUCGAGCCUCCUGAAGGUCGGGCCAAAGCUGGAUUUGAAUAAUAACAAGUACGGAACUCCGUUGCACUGCGGCGUCAUAAGCGGCUCGGUAGAGAUCGUCCGGUCUCUCAUCGAAGCCGGAGCCCCGCUCAACGCCAUUGACAAGAUGGGCAACACGGCAGUUCACGUCACCGCCAAGCUCGACAGAUGGAAGAUCCUGCACAUCCUGAGGGACAAAGGAGCCAAAACGACGAUGCAGAAUACACACGGUCGCGUAGCUAAGACCAUUGCAGCAAAUGAGGGCCAGAGGGGAAGCGUGGGCGUCUUGCGCGUCCUCGAGCACGACUGGAGCCCUCAGGAUCUCAAUGUAAAUCGGCAGGACCUACGCGAUUUUCUGUGGAACAAAGAAGAGAUCGUGGCACGCGCCGAGGAGGGCAUGGACAGCUGGGCGGGCCAUGGACUAGAUGCCGCCGACCACGAUGGCGGGGAUGAGCAGCUUAUAGCGCCUGGUCAUAAUACCCACGAUACUGGGGACGUGGGCAAAGAAACAACCGGAUGCAAGCUGUACUCCACAGCCUACCGAGCCAACGGCCAGGCCAAAGAGGCCGUUGCGCUACUCGAGCAGGUCGUCGCCAUUCAGGCUAAAACCCUCGCCGAAGACCACCCCGACCGGCUUGCGUCGCAUCGAGAGCUCGCAGUAGCCUACCGAGCCAACGGCCAGCUCAAAGAGGUCAUUGCGCUACUCGAGCAGGGUCACAAGGAGAUCGUGCAGGUGCUGCUGGGGAAGGGUGCCAACGUCAAUAUACAGGGCGACGACUUCGACGAUAUUCUGUAUACGGCUUCCUCUGGAGGCCACAAGGAGAUCGUAAAGAUGCUGCUAGACACGGGUGCCGACAUCAAUGCACAAGGCACCUUAUAUCGCAACGCUCUACAGGCGGCUUCUUUUAAAGGCUACAAGGAGAUUGUACAGAUGCUGCUAGAGAAGGGUGUCAACAUCAAUCCACAGGGCGGCGACUUCGGUAACCCUCUGUAUUUGGCUUCCUUUCAAGGCCAUAAGGAGAUCGUACAGAUGCUGCUGGAGGGGGGUGCCGACGUCAAUGUACAAGGCCCCUUAUAUAGCAACGCUCUGCAGGCAGCUUCCUUUAAAGGCCAUAAGGAGAUCGUGCAGAUGCUGCUGGAGGGGGGUGCCGACAUCAAUGCACAAGGCACCUUGUAUCGCAACGCUCUACAGGCAGCUUCUUUUAAAGGCUACAAGGAGAUCGUACAGAUGCUGCUGGAGGGGGGUGCCGACGUCAAUGUACAAGGCACCUUAUAUAGCAACGCUCUGCAGGCAGCUUCUUCUGAAGGCCAUAAGGAGAUCGUACAGAUGCUGCUAGAGAAGGGUGUCAACAUCAAUUCACAGGGCAGCGACUCCCGCAACCCUCUGUAUUUGGCUUCCUCUCAAGGCCAUAAGGAGAUCGUGCAGAUGCUGCUGGAGGGCGGUGCCGACAUCAAUGCACAAGGCACCUUGUAUCGCAACGCUCUAUGGGUGGCUUCUGUCAAAGGCUACAAGGAGAUCGUGCAGAUGCUGCUAGAGAAGGGUGUCAACAUCAAUCCACAGGGCAGCGCCUUCGAUAACCCUCUGUAUUUGGCUUCCUCUCAAGGCCACAAGGAGAUCGUAAAGAUGCUGCUAGACACGGGUGCCGACAUCAAUGCACAAGGCACCUUGUAUCGCAAAGCUCUACAGGCAGCUUCUUUUAAAGGCUACAAGGAUAUUGUACAGAUGCUGCUAGAGGGAGGUGCCGACGUCAAUGUACAAGGCACCUUAUAUAGCAACGCUCUACAGGUGGCUUCUUCUGAAGGCCAUAAGGAGAUCGUACAGAUGCUGCUAGAGAAGGGUGUCAACAUCAAUUCACAGGGCAGCGACUCCCGCAACCCUCUGUAUUUGGCUUCCUCUCAAGGCCAUAAGGAGAUUGUGCAGAUGCUGCUGGAGGGCGGUGCCGACAUCAAUGCACAAGGCACCUUGUAUCGCAACGCUCUAUGGGUGGCUUCUAUCAACGGCUACAAGGAGAUCGUGCAGAUGCUGCUAGAGAAGGGUGUCAACAUCAAUCUACAGGGCGGCGACUUCGGCAACGCUCUGUAUUUAGCUUCCUCUGAAGGCUAUAAGGAGAUCGUACAGAUGCUGCUGGAAGGGGGUGCCGACGUCAAUGCACAAGGCAGGUAUUGCAACACUCUACAGGUAGCUUCUUCUAAAGGCCAUAAGGAGAUCGUACAGAUGCUGCUAGACACGGGUACCGAUAUCAAUGCACAGGGCAGGUAUUGCAACGCUCUGCAGGCGGCUUCUUCUGAAGGCCAUAAGGAGAUCGUACAGAUGCUGCUGGAGGGGGUUGCCGACGUCAAUGCACAAGGCACCUUAUACAGCAACGCUCUACAGGUGGCUUCUGUCAAAGGCUACAAGGAGAUCGUGCAGAUGCUGCUAGAGAAGGGUGUCAACUUCAAUCCACCGGACAGGUAUAUCAUCUCUGUAUGGGCGGCUUCCUCUGAAGCCCAUGAGGAGAUUGUACAGAUGCUACUGGACGGGGGUGCCGAUAUCGAUGGAUG